AUGUUUACAUUUCACAAUGGAGGUGUACAAAUUUUAUGCAAGUACCCUAAGAAAGUCCAGCAGUUUAAAAUGGAGUUACUGAAGGGGAGGCAAGUACUCUGUGAACUCACUAAGAUAAAGACAAGUGGAAACGUGGAGUCCAUUAAUAACAUGAAAUUCUGCCAAUCUCAGUUAUCCAACAACAGUGUCUCCUUUUUUCUGAAUAACUUGGACAGUUCUCAUGGCAGCUACUAUGUCUGCAACCUAUCAAUUUUUGAUCCUCCUCCUUUUGAAGAAAAGAUUCUUAGCAGAGAAUAUUUGCAUAUUUAUGAAUCACAGCUUUGUUGCCAGCUGAAGUUCUGGUUACCCAUUGGAUGUGCAGCUUUUGUGAUAGUGUACACUUUGGGAUGCUAUUUUAUUUUUCGGUUUACAAAAAAGAAGUAUGGAUCCAGUGUGCAUGACCCUAAUAGUGACUAUAUGUUCAUGGCAGCCGUGAACGCGGCGAAGAAACCAAGACUUACUGAAGUUACCCUGGGAAUCAGAAUAGAUCUCCUCCAGCUUGAUACCUCCAGAACUCGUGAAGAAGAACACAUGGGUGAGGGGACAGCUCCUUCUACAACCAUUCAGCCUGGAAACAGGCCCUGGGCUUUUAAGAUAAUCUUCUUUGAUUUGGCUAAAAAGAUUCUUAAAUACCUGUAA